AUGGGCAUCUGGAUUCUCGACAACGCCAACCUCGAGGAGGUGGCGGUGGCCUGCCGCGAGCGCAACCGGUGGGAGUUCAUGAUCUCCAUCGGGCCUCUGCGGCUGCACAACACCACGGGCUCCCCAGAUGACAACAAGAUCGGCAUCUAUACCAUGGACGGAGAUUCCGGCGCUCUCAGCCACAAGGCCGAUGCCGCGAUGCCCGGGGGGCCGUCGCUGCUGGCCAUCAGCCCCGACAAGGGGACGCUGUAUGUCAGCCACCGCGAGUCGCUGGGGCUCUCAAGCCACCGCAUCGACCCGGCCUCCGGUGGGCUAACGCAGACCGGCUCGGUGGCCGUUGAGGACUGGCCCGCGUACAUUGCCACGGACCGCACGGGCCGCCACCUGACCGUCGCCUUUUACGGUGGAGCACGGGCCGGAGUGUACCCCAUUGGUGCCGACGGCGAGUUGGGCGGCGCGCCGUCCGAGUCGGUAGAGACGGUGGCCGGGGCUCACUCCAUACUGACCGACCGCUCCAACCGCUUCGCCUACGUGCCGCAUAUUGCCUACAUCCAGGACAACGUGCUGGAGCCGCCCAAGAACAUCCCCGGCCCGACGUGA